GUGAUUUCACCACGUGUUAUCAUCUAUCAGAUGAAAAUUUUGUUUACAAUUUUGUCGGCUUAAGUUGUAGGUUAAGAUUCAUCCAGGCAACGGAUAUAUUAUAAAUAUUAAUUCGUUUAAUUUUUAAAAAAUCAAAAUGAAUAAUGAAGAAGAAUUCGUUACCUAUGAAAAUGAAAUGGAAGAUGAUGUUGAUGAUGAUGACGUUUGUGACGAAACAGAAGAGGAAGAUAUUUUAGUCUACGUUGAAUUUGAAGGUACAUCAGAGUCUACUAUCUUUUGCAAUGAAAAACUCCAAUUAGACAUGAUUGGUUUAGACAUGGAGCAUCCGAUUAUGCAGAUUAAUGGAAAGCAUUAUGAAGGAACGUAUGAGGAUGAUAUGGGAACGAGCUUAUUCUUCGAGAAAGACCCUAAUGCAGUCGUUGAUGAUCCAGUUUUUGACCUACCAAAUAAUAUUAAGUAUUUCGGUAAAGUUGAUAAAGUUCUUAAGAUGAAAAGAAUUUUCGUUAAGCAGAGAGUUGAAGUUUUAGGAAAUUCUGAACAUCCAAGUUGUCUUCCUAAUAUGAAAACUAUUCAAGACUUUGGAAUUCCAUCUGAUUAUCAAGAAAAUGCUCUAAAAUUAUGGACAGAAAAAAGAAACGAGCGAAUGAACGCAUUAGACGAGUACAUAGAAAAGCAAAAACAACGUGAAGAAAAAAGACGACAAGGUAUUGAAUUAAACUCUGAGUCCGACGAUGAUAUGCCAUACGCAUUUAACAUUGAUAAUCCAAACGAUCCUCCAAUUGACUUAACCACUAUUGCGAAUGAUAAAAAUACCAAGCCUAAUUAUAAAAGUAAAUACAGAGAGAUCAACCAAGGGCUGACGGUGAUUGACCCGGGACCAUCGACAUCCAAAGACAGCGUUCCUUGGAUUAAUCCUAAAUUAGAAGCUGACUCUGACUCUGAUGAUGAAUCACUCCCGCGUGAUGAAGGUGAAGGUGUACUAACCAGAGAACCUGAGCAAAGUACCAACGAGAGUAAUGAAGACAAUAUUGACGAAAACGAGGCUGCUGAAAUUUUAAAUCGUGACCCAGAUGAUAUUGUGGCUAGUUGUUUACGGGCUAAUGACGAAACACCGAUGGAUCAAGACACUCCCCUUAAUGAUAAUUAUAAAAAUAAUGAUAAUGAUAAAGAUGGUGAUAAUGAAAACGAUGACACUGACAUGAAUGAAGAGGAGAUAACCAAUUCCGAAUCAUCGGAUAAAUUAGAGGAUACUAUUGAAGAUAAAAAAGCAGAGAAAGAGAAGAAACGCGAGGCUAAGAUGAAAGAAAUCACGGAUAGGCUGAAGAAAAAAGCCAGAGAUGAAAAAACAAUUUCUGAGACAUAAUAAAAAAAAAAAUUAAUUUUUAUAUCAAGUAAUUUAUAUACAAUUAUUUGUAAAUUUAAUACAAAGACAAAUUUUAUUUUACAAGUUCUGGAUUGGUUCAUUUUUUUUUUUAAUAUUUUUAUUUUUAGUUUUAAGUCGAUGAUUAUUAGCUGCGCUGCAAAAGUUGGAAUGUUUUAUUUUUAUUUAAAUAUUUUGAUUUUUACUU